UACGGAGCACAGCACCAGCACAGCACCAGCACAGCGUGUGUGUGUGUAGAUACACCGCAGGGUUAUAUGCGGGUACACAGCAGGAGUGUGUGCGGGACACGGAGGGCUGCUGGAUCCGAGCUCCCGAAACAGAUCCAGGAGGUCUGGAGAUGCAGAGCUCUUGGUUCUCGUCACUCUCGUCUCAUUUGUGUUUUUCGACUGCGUGCUUAAGCGGGUGUCCUGGACCUCUCAGUCACACGCUGUGUGCCGUCAGCCCAGACUGCUCUCAUUAGCUCUGUACGCCAGGGUAAAUGCUGGACCUGGCCGAAGGGAGCACUGCUACACCGACAGGAAGCCACACAGGAUGUCUUGGGUCAGUGGCUUUUUAGUCGCUCGAUCUGAUGAGCACAAGACGACGUGGGGCGAGCGCAAUGGCCGCAAGCGAUGGCGUAAGAGGGAUUGGCGCCAGCGGUACAUGAGCUGCCUUGCUGAUCCUGACGCCUCCGAAGCGCCGUCCCAGUCAGGAGCGGGCACCGCACCGAGCACCUUUAGCACCCGCUGCGUCUGGCAAGAGGACCACUACGGUAGAAAGGGAGAUCUGGCUAUUGAGGAUGGCGAGGCUAAGAGAAUAAAGGAAGAAGAGGAGGACGAGAAGGUGGAAGACAGGAGGAGGGGAGCUGGAACCUUUGUUUUAGGAUGCCUACGACAACUAGCACAUGUUUUUCAGUCCAAGCAGUUCGAGUCUGCCAAGCUGGAGCAUCUCUACCAGCGCUAUUUCUUUCGGCUCAACCAGAGCUCCUUGACCAUGCUCAUGGGGGUGCUGGUGCUGGUAUGCGGGCUCAUGUUGGCAUUUCACUGCGUGGUCAGGACAACAGACGUUAAUGUAGCUUACAUAUCUGUGCUCAGUGUGGCCAUGGCACUUUUCGUGACCAUGAUGGUGGUGUGUAACCGCACAGGAUUUCACCAGGACUGCAUGUGGAUGGUGAGCUACCUGGUGGUGGUGGUGCUGAUUGUGGUGCAGGCGUUGAGUGUGUUCAUGGUUGUGCCGCGCAGCGCCUCAGACGGCGUCUGGACCUCUGUGUUUUUCGUCUACAUCAUCUACACGCUGCUGCCGGUGCGCAUGACGGCAGGGGUGCUGAGCGGGCUAACGCUGUCCGCCAUCCACCUGAUCACCGCCUGGAGACUCAACCUGGAGGACGACUUCCUCUGGAGACAGUUAAGUGCAAACGCGCUGAUUUUUCUGUCCACUAACGUCAUCGGGAUCUGCACGCACUACCCAGCAGAGGUGUCUCAGAGGCAGGCCUUCAAAGAGACCAGAGGCUACAUCCAGGCCAGAAUCCACCUCCAGAGAGAGAACCAGCAGCAGGAGCGCCUGCUGCUUUCGGUACUGCCCAGGCACGUUGCCAUAGAAAUGAAGGCAGACAUCAACGCCAAGAAGGAGGAUAUGAUGUUUCACAAGAUCUACAUCCAGAAACACGACAACGUCAGCAUCCUCUUUGCAGACAUCGAGGGCUUCACCAGUCUGGCAUCCCAGUGUACAGCGCAGGAGCUCGUGAUGACCCUUAAUGAACUGUUUGCUCGUUUUGACAAAUUAGCCUCGGAGAACCACUGUCUGAGGAUAAAGAUCCUGGGCGACUGUUAUUACUGUGUUUCGGGUUUGCCCGAGGCCAGGGCUGACCACGCUCACUGCUGUGUAGAGAUGGGAGUGGACAUGAUUGAGGCCAUAUCCUUGGUGAGAGAGAUCACCGGGGUAAACGUGAACAUGCGGGUGGGAAUCCACAGCGGCCGGGUGCACUGUGGGGUUCUCGGCUUGCGCAAGUGGCAGUUCGAUGUCUGGUCCAACGAUGUCACGCUGGCUAACCAAAUGGAGGCUGGAGGCAAAGCGGGGCGCAUCCACAUCACCAAAGCUACACUGCAGUAUUUAAAUGAAGACUACGAGGUGGAGCCCGGCUUCGGAGGAGAAAGGAACGCCUACCUCAAAGACAACAACAUCGAGACCUACCUGGUGCUCGGCUGCAGCCAGAAAAGGAAAGAAGAAAAAGCCAUGAUGGCUAAGAUGCAGCGUGCCCGGGCGAACUCUUCAGAUGCAUUAAUGCCACGCUGGGUGCCUGACAGAGCCUUCUCCAGGACCAAAGACUCCAAAGUGUUCAGGCAGAUGGGCAUUGAUGAAGCCUCCAGUAAAGACAAUCGGAGUGCUCAAGAGGCUCUGAACCCAGAGGACGAGGUGGACGAGUUCCUGGGACGCGCGAUCGAUGCUCGUAGCAUCGAUCAGCUCCGCAAGGACCACGUCAAGAAGUUCCUGCUCACGUUUCAGAAGCCGUUUCUGGAGAAAAAGUAUUCAAAGAAGGUGGAUGAUCGUUUUGGGGGUUACGUGGCCUGCACGCUGGUGGUCUUCUGCUUCAUCUGCUUCAUUCAGAUCACCGUAUUUCCACACACAGCUUUAAUGCUCGGCGUCUUUAUUAGCAUCUUCAUAAUCCUUGCCAACAUCCUCUUCGUCUGUGCCAUCUAUUCGUGUGUGAAGCUUUUCCCAGUGGUCUUGCAGAGCUUGUCGAAGAAGAUAGUCGAGUCUCGAGCUAACAGCACAUUAGUGGGCGUCUUCACCGUCCUGCUGCUCUACGUCUCGGCCUUUAUUAACAUGUUGACGUGUGGAACCGAGGGUCUGAUCGAGUGUGUAGCUCAGGAGCAGAACAUCUCUGAGAGUGCGGUGACACUGUGUCUCCUGCACAACCUGACUCACACAGCGGGGGACUCGCUCACACUCUGUUCCGGUCAGAAAUCACCAUGUUCCUUCCCUGAGUACUUUACGUACAGCGUGCUGCUGACCUUGCUGGCCUGCUCCGUCUUUCUGCACAUCAGCAGUAUAGGCAAGCUGGCCUUAAUGCUGCUCAUUCAGAUCAGCUUCCUGCUGCUGGUCGAGUGGCCCCUGGUGGUGCUGUUCGAUAACGCCGACCUGCUCGUCUCCGCCAACGCGCUGUCUGGUUUUAAUGAAACAGAGAUCUGCCCUGAAAAGGUAAACAAGGUGCCGUUAAAGGUCAUUACACCAGUCAUCCUGACCGUGUUUGUGUUGGCGCUGUACCUGCACGCUCAGCAGGUGGAGUCCACGGCACGCCUCGACUUCCUGUGGAAGCUGCAGGCGACCGAAGAGAAAGAGGAGAUGGAGGAGCUUCAGGCGUACAACCGUCGUCUCCUUCACAACAUCCUGCCCAAAGACGUGGCCGCCCACUUCCUGGCCCGAGAGCGCCGCAACGACGAGCUGUACUACCAAUCGUGUGAGUGCGUGGCUGUGAUGUUCGCCUCCAUCAGCAACUUCUCUGAGUUCUACACGGAGCUUGAAGCGAAUAACGAGGGCGUGGAGUGCCUGAGGUUGCUCAACGAGAUCAUCGCCGACUUCGAUGAGAUCAUCAGUGAGGAUCAGUUCCGGCAGCUGGAAAAGAUCAAAACGAUAGGCAGCACUUACAUGGCGGCGUCGGGCCUCAACGACUCCACGUAUGACAAAGAGGGACGCUCGCACAUCCUGGCGCUGGCCGACUUCGCCAUGAGGCUACGAGAGCAGAUGUCGUACAUCAACGAGCACUCGUUCAACAACUUCCAGAUGAAGAUUGGUCUGAAUAUCGGGCCCGUGGUAGCCGGAGUGAUUGGCGCUAGAAAGCCGCAGUACGACAUCUGGGGAAACACGGUGAACGUGGCGAGUCGCAUGGACAGUACGGGAGUGCCCGAUCGAAUCCAGGUGACCACUGAUCUGUACCAUGUGCUGGACAGUAAAGGCUACCAGCUGGAGUUCCGUGGCCUGGUAAAGGUCAAGGGGAAAGGAGACAUGACCACUUACUUUCUCAACAGUGGCCCUCCCAGCAGUUAACACUGACUGCAAACCCUCUGGUAGUGUUUACCACAAGUGUAGGACGAGUACACUCUGAACGGGACGGGAUGCACGUCACGUACCCCCUUUUUUUGGAGUACGACCACUGUGAGGCUCACAGAUGCGAGGCCCUGUAUGAUGAAGGCUGGAUGGAUGAUAUGCACAUUGGGAGGAUGUAUUCCCACUCGUAGCUGCUCUCAGACUGUUAAAGUGUGAGCGGUGUUGCCUGUGAUGGAUCAGACUGCAUUCUCAUUCUUUAUGUUGGAGAAUUUUUAUUGGAUUUUUUUAAAGAAACACUUAUGCACAAAUAGAUAUGCAAGGAUGAAGUAUGCGGAUGACCAAAGAACAAAACUGUUUGAUAUAGAAACACUAUAAAAGACAUAUUUGAUUUGCAUGUGACUGAUUUUUGUAAUGAUUUUUAACACCUACGACUUUAGUUCUUUAACGCGCACUUAAAACUCUAUCCUGCCACGUACAAUGAAGGCUUGAGCAUCAGGCUGUGAUUUGAAAUAACCUUUACUCAUGAAGAAUUUCUGAAGUGUUUUAAGGACUCCAUUCAUGUAAAGGACCUUGUGUAGGACAGAUAUUAGCACUGGGCAGUGGGAGUUUCACAUUGGGAAACGUAUUUUAUUGUUGAUGUUAUUAAGGCUGUAAAUUAAGUGUGUGUGUGUAUGAGUAAGCGAGCGAGCAAAAAAUUCAUUGUUAUCUUUAAAGGGCAUACAUAAUUUGUCACUGUGAUUUACAUAAUCUAUUGCCAAAUCGACUGCUACCGGCAUGUGGGUCUUUUAAUAUUGAAUAUUUAUCUAUUAAUUUCUAUAAACGUGUCAUUUAAUUUC